CACGUUGCAGCAGACGCGUCUGCGUUUGGAGAUGCGGCAUUCAGCCGCCACAGCAGCAGCAGCAGCAUCAGCACCACUCAAGCGUCGCCCUUGACGUCCUCUAAUAGGAAAAAUCACUUCAGCGCUCAUCAGGAUGCAAAUAGCCGUGUGCGUCGAUCCCUGCACAUCUGGCACUGUGUUCCUAUAAUUACAUCCCGGUUGGUAAACAUUCCAUCAGGAUGCAGCGGCGUCACCAGAUAACAGCUGCACGGCCGCCUCACAGCGCGUGUGAUAAACGUGUCAAAAUAGAGUAUACGCGUUGACAACAGAGCGUUGGUUACCGAAACAUAUGCAGGAUGUCAGAUAUCCUUCGUGGACAUGUUGUCUGCAGAUGUUCAAAGUGCAUACCAGUGUAGUGUGUAUAGGUAAACAGCUGUGAUGGAGGAAGGUCCAAAUCCUUGGUUAAUGAGCUCAAUAAUGUCCUCAAUGAUGUUUAAGGCUUGUCUUGAAAACACACGUUGCCACCAUUACAACUAAUUUGGUAAUGAACGGACAGGUGAUACUUUUAUUUAUAUUGGGUUUCAUGCGUCCAUAACAAUCUACAGUGUUUUCAUUAGCUAAAAAAAGAAAAGAAUUCUCGAGUAACUUUAGAAUAAAAAGAAUGAAAAGCAUUAGCUUAUUAGUCAUUAUCUUUAGUAGCCAACUGACCACAUACGUCAAACAUACUAAAUCAAAUGAAAGCGCUCCCAUGCAAACUGAAAUAUUUACGGUUUAGCGUCUCGCGGUGGCGUUGACCUAUCGCGAGAACUGCCAAAGUACUUCACCAGGUGAGCUGCUUCAUGUUUAGAUUGAGAGACCACGUGAUUUGAGCUACAGGUUUCUCCGAUGCAGCAGCAGCAGCACCAGCAGCACCCAUUAAGUGUACGAAAAAUGCCGAUUAACAACAACCAGAAGGGGCAGAGUGCUGCCGCCAGGCUGGCCAGGCUGCCCGUGGUGCGCUCAGCUUGCACCAAGCUUUCCGUCGUGUACACUGGCACUAAAUGCAGACACCCCGGCCUGAGGUCGCUGUGUGACGCGGUGGAGAGCGGUGUGACGGCCGCAGUGGCCCCCGUCAUGGUUAAACUGGGGCCUCAGAUUUCCAUUGCAAAUGGCGUUGCGUGUAAAAGUCUGGACUGGCUGGAGACGGCAUUCCCAGUAAUAAACACACCAACGGAGCAGAUUGUUGCCACUGCCAGGAGCAAGAUGCUUGAGAUCCAGGCCGUGGUGAGCAUCGCGGCCCACGGUACCAGGGACUGUGUGGAGUACACGGUGGCAUGGGUGACCGGCAGCUCGCGGCCGGCUGGUGACCAGGCUGGCCGGCCACUUGCAAAGAGGGGCCCCAGAGUGGGAAAGGACUUGGCUCUGAUGGCGCGAGGGCCUCUGGCCGCUGACCAAGACGCAGAGGAAGACGACCAUUUGGUGGAGGCCAAAUUCGGGAGACGGUGCCCCGUGCGGCUGGUUUCGCUCGCCGCCAAGCUGUGUAGGACGACGUACCGCGUGGUCGGCUCCAAGAUGCAAUGUGCUCAGGUGUGCUGCGAGUACUGUGUGGACCUUCAGACCUGGAGUCUUCAGGAGCUGCCUCAGUACAUGCAGCAUCAGCUGGUGUCUGCGUUCUUCUUCAUCUCAGAUGUACAAGUUAAGCUGCCCAGGACCCAAACGCGGCAGGUCUCAUAGGCCUGGAAGUGGCUCCUCAGCGGUGGUCCAGGUUUACCCACAAGCUAAAUCUUCCUGCAGAAUCCGGCAGCAAACAAAGACGCCUGGGUUUGAUGUUUUAGGAUGUUGAUUUGGUUGCUCCCAGAGAUGAAACUUAAUAAAAUGGAUUAAAUAAG